GGUAGCAGGCAGCUGCAGGAGAAGUCGCUGAAGAUUUCCUCCACGCUGUAUGUCGGCAACCUGUCCUUCUACACCACCGAGGAGCAGAUCCAGGAGCUCUUCUCCAAGUGCGGAGAUGUCAAGAGGAUUGUCAUGGGUCUGGACAAGAUCAAGAAAACCCCCUGUGGCUUCUGCUUUGUAGAAUACUACACAAGAGCAGAUGCUGAGCACGCCAUGAGGUUCAUCAAUGGCACAAGACUAGAUGACCGCAUCAUCCGAACUGACUGGGACGCUGGGUUCAAGGAGGGGAGACAGUACGGAAGAGGAAAGACUGGAGGACAGGUGCGAGAUGAGUACCGGACAGACUAUGAUGUGGGAAGAGGUGGUUUUGGCAAGAUCAUUCAGAUGCAGAAGGCAAAUCAUCAGCCUGCCAUCUAUUAAUUGCCUUGUGGGUCCUAGCUCACAGAGAGCUCUGUCCUUCCAGAGCCAGCCCUGUUCUCACAUUUUGGAUUGGGGUGUGGAGUGAGAUCCGAGUUCCAGCCAAAGGUGACCCUCCAUAGACUGUGGAUAUAUAUGUAUUCAUUUUCCCUUCCUUCUGAGCUAGAGAGGAUGUUCUGUGCUGAUACAGGGCAACAAGGGGGGAAAAAUGGACAGUUCUGCAGGAUUCUUAGAAGAAAUGCAGCAUGUCACACACACCUUAUGCUGUGACAUGCUCUUCAUGUUACAGCUAAGCAGAUGCUUCCUCCAAGCUGCAGCAGCAGCCAUUGUUACUUUCAAGUGGAACUUACCACCAUCAGAGCCCUCCAGGUGUGUGGGCACCUUGUGGGCAUCUACAAGAGAUUUGAGUUUCUAAUUUAUGACCUCACGUGCUUAAGAAGCAGUAUCACUGUUUGGAUGAGAGAAGUGGAACAAAGUCUUGUCAUUCACUUGGAGGUGCUUGUAUGCACAUGUAGCCCUUGAGUUGGUCAGGGCCUGCAGAGCGUUUCUCUUUGAUGCCCCCAGUGCUGCCUGGGUUUUCAAAUCCUCACUGUUCAGUGUGAUUUUUUUAAAAAAUUUCCGUUAAUUUUUUAAAUAAACUCUUGUAUUGAGUCUG